AUUCAAAGGUCCCUCCCUCCCUCUAUAUAUAUAGCCAGUAAGUAAGUAUACGCAUUUAUUACUUUCAUAAUUUCGAUCUGAUGAAAGUUUCACUACUCGAUUCUUCAAUUUUUGAUCAUCAUCAUCAACAACGGACCGCCAUGUAUUUCUCGCUCUUUCAUUUUCCAUCCACACAAUAAUUACGGAAUCAUUGGCUAAAUCAUGUCGUCAUCAAUUGUAGCGAGAACUGGGCGACAACUUCAGCGUUAUGACAACAAUCUUCGCCUUGUUUCUGGGUAGGUGUAUCCCAUAUAGACUGGCCAAGACUAAAGACCAGAACAGAAUAGAAGUAUUGAUGGUAUCUUCACCAAACCGUGAUGACAUGGUAUUCCCGAAGGGUGGAUGGGAGAGUGACGAAACUGUCGAAGAAGCUGCAUGCCGUGAAGCUUUAGAGGAAGCUGGAGUAAGAGGAAAUCUUAAAGGAAAUCCCCUUGGAGUGUGGGAGUUUAGAAGCAAGAGCAAUGAAGCAGCUUGUACCAAGGAAGGGGGAUGCAAGGGAUACAUGUUUGCAUUAGAGGUAACUGAGGAGCUUGAAGUGUGGCCAGAGCAGAAAAAUCGAAGCAGAAAAUGGGUGGUGAUUGAUGAAGCAUUUGUAUUGUGUCGCUAUGAGUGGAUGCGCAGUGCACUAACGGAAUUUGUUAGAAUUUUGGAAACGGGAAAACACAAAAGUGAACAUGAGACUAUCAUAAAAACGAAAGAAGAUCAGCAAGUGACACAAGACGAUAAAGAUUGCCAAUUAAUGUCAACAAGUUGCCAUGUUAAUGGACCUGUGACUAUGAGUACUUCCUAUGGCAUCAUGCUACCCGCUAGCAUUUUCUUGUAGCAUGUGCAUCCAAUGCUUGAUAAAAGAAAAAAACAUCACCCCACUGGUAGACGAAGUGGGUUUGUGAAGGAGUAUAAAGAAAUGCUCCUCGAAUCUCUAAUUGUUUCCCUUGCACAUAUAUUUAGAGAUGUAUAGCCCAUUAGAGAAGAUUUAGUUGUUUAGAGGUGUGUCUUGUGUGACAUAAAUCUGUUUUUCAAAGUUUAACCAAGUUGUAAAGUUUGGGUGGAUUACUUCGUAGCAUAAAUUUGUGAAAUGAGAAUUCUUCCUUUGACA